AUGGUUCUUAGGAGCCACCCCUUCCCCAGACAAGAGAGGGCCCCAGGGAGGACCCCAGGAGCAGUUCCUGGGAGCCCUACAGGUGCCACCACUUGCACACACUCUGAGGACAGACACCUCGAGGACAGGCACAGCUCUUCAGUGGGGACAGUCGUAGGGGUAGGCGGAGGGGGCCUGGCUGAGACUGGAUCUCGGCCACAGCCAAGAAGCUCCGAGACGAGCGGGGCUCCCACACCAGGCCCUCCCCCAGGCCCAAGAGGAGAUGAAGCCAAGGAGAAAAGUCUAGACUCGCUGCCCCAAGCCGCGAGGCCCAGGGCCCCAUCACAGCACCCUGUGCAGACGCAGCCAAGCCGGGUCUCACAGCCUGUUCCCCAGCCACGGUCACGGAAACACAGCACGUGUGACGUAGCUCAGAGCUCUGAGCAGGAGGCCAGCCAGGCGGCCCCAGGGCGGCCCCAGGGAGAGGCACCUGGGGAGGGGCCCAGCCCUGCAGGCAGCAGGGAGGCGCUCACAGAGAAGCCGACAGAGGCCCGAAAACUCGGGGGUUUUCUGCAGAGGCCCGGGAGCUGGGGGUUGGCGGAGGGGCCCCAGAAGCCCCUCUCACGGGCCCUGGAGCAGAGCGCGGCGGCGGCUCUGCGGCAGCGGCUGGACCUGGGCAGCUGCCUGGAUGUGCUGGCCUUUGCCCAGCAGUGCGGGGAGCGCGGCCUGGCUCAGGAGACGUACGCGCUGAUGAGCAACAACCUGCUGCACGUGCUGGGGAACCCGCACCUCUACCGGCAGCUGAGUGGGGCUGACCGGGAGCGCAUCCUGAGCCUGCGAACCGGCCGGGGCCAGGCGGUGCUGGGGGUCCUCGUGAUGCCCAGCCUGUACCAGGUGAGCACAGGGCUCACAAGGGGCCCUUACGGUGAGGAGGCCCCUGCAGCGGGGCCCGCGCCCCUGCCUCCUCGCACGUACCUACAUGUGUUCAACCCCCGAGAGAACAUGUGGCGGCCCCUGACCCAGGUGCCCGAUGAGGCCCCGCUCCGGGGCUGUGGCCUCUGCACCAUGCACAACUACCUGUUCCUGGCGGGGGGCAUCCGUGGCUCCGGUGCCAAGGCCAUCUGCUCUAACGAGGUCUUCUGCUACAACCCUCUGACCGACAUCUGGAGCCAGGUUCGGCCCAUGCAGCAGGCCCGAGCCCAGCUCAAGCUGGUGGCCCUGGAUGGGCUACUCUACGCCAUUGGGGGCGAGUGCCUGUACAGCGUGGAGCGCUACGACCCGCGCACAGAUGCCUGGACCUCACGUGCGCCCCUCCCCUCAGGCACCUUCCCUGUGGCCCAUGAGGCUGUGGCCUGCCGUGGGGACAUCUAUGUCACAGGAGGUCACCUCUUUUACCGCCUGCUCAGGUACAGCCCCAUGAAGGAUGCUUGGGACGAGUGCCCCUACAGUGCCAGCCACAGGCGCUCCAGCGACAUUGUGGCACUGGGGGGCUUCCUGUAUCGCUUUGACCUGCUGCGGGGCGUGGGUGCUGCAGUGAUGCGCUACAAUACGGUGACCGGCUCCUGGAGCCGGGCGGCCCCCCUGCCCCUGCCCGACCCUGCCCCGCUCCGCUGCACUGUGCUGGGCAACACCAUCUACUGCCUCAACCACCGGGUCACAGCCACCUUCACGGUCUCAGAGGGGACUGCUCAGUUCCAGGCCAAGGAGCUGCAGCCCUUCCCCCUGGGGAGUAAGGGGAGUCUCUGUCCAUUCACCCUCACUCUGCCCACCGGAGACCGCCUGCAGACCUCACUCUGA